AAACUUUCUGAAGCCCAACAUUUCUCAAGUCUCGGUGAAGCUUCUAUGGUGAAGCUUCUUCGUUCAAGUUCAAAUCCAUGGCGUGGAUAUGCCAUUUCUAGGGUUUUUGGUGCACUAUUCUAAUCCACAGAGGUGCUGCCCUCCUCCUCAUCAUCACCCCCAUUUCGGCUUCUGCACAGUAGGAUUUGGCAGAUUGGAAACCCUAGGGAUUCCAUUCUGCCAGUUCUCCAUCAAUGGCGGGUAGAAGGGGGAGACAUGAAGCAGCCCAAGCUCCAAGGUUUCAUCAAGCUGCUCCGAAGGUAUCGUCGCUACGGCCAUGCUCUGCAGAUUUCAGAGUGGAUGAGUGAUGAAAUGAAGCAUGAUCUGCAUCCUGGAGACAUUGCGGUGCGGUUAGAUUUGACCUCAAAAGUCCAUGGGCUUGAAGAAGCCGAGAGGUAUUUUGAUAGCAUCCCAGAGUCAUUAAAAGUGCUUCCUGUGUAUGGUGCUUUGCUGUAUUGCUAUGCAAAGCAUAAUUGUUUGGAAAAGGCUGAGAGUGUUUUUGAAAAGAUGGAGGAGUUGGGUUUUGUGAAAGGAUCAUCGUGUUAUAAUACAAUGUUAAACCUUUAUUCUCAAAUGGGUAAACAUGGAAAGAUAGAUAUUUUAGUUAAAGAGAUGGCAGAGAAAGGCAUUGAUUAUAACGUGAACACAUUGAACAUUCGGUUAUAUUCGUAUGCAGCCACUUCGGAUGUAGACCAAAUGGAGAAGCUUUUGAUGAAGAUGGAAACUGACCCUCUGGUCACUUUGGACUGGCAUGGUUAUGCAGCCGCAGCGGAUGCGUUCUUGAAAGCUGGACAAUUGGAGAAGACAGCGGCAUUGCUGAGGAAAUCGGAGCAAUUCAUUAACCGUGAAACAAGGAAAAUUGGUUAUGAACACCUGAUGACUUCAUAUGCUGCCAUUGGUAGUAAACACGAGGUUUAUCGAAUUUGGGAAUUGUACAAGAACGUGGUAGGGUUCUACAAUAACGGCUAUCGGUGUAUGUUAAGUUCAUUGUUGAAGAUGGAUGACAUUUAUGGUGCUGAGAAGAUUGUGGAGGAAUGGGAAUCUGGGAACAAAUUCUUUAACAUUCAAAUACCCAACUUGUUGAUCAAUGCUUACUGCAGGAAAGGUCUUUUGGAGAAGGCCAAAUCAUAUGUGAAGAAGCUUUCAGAGGGUGGAAAGGAGUGUUGUCGCACAUGGGCCCUUUUGGCUACCACAUAUCAUAUGAAUGAUCGGAUGGAAGAGGCAGUGGAAACAUUGAAAAUGGCAGCAAGCUCGGCAUCUCGACCAGGAUGGAAGUUUGAUAAUUCCACUUUGGCUGCUUGCUUUGAGUACUUAAAACAGAAGGGAGAUGUUGAAAAAGCACAUGAAUUGCUGAUAUUAUUCAGAGAAAGGGGUCAUUUUACAACAGAUUUAUGUGAUAAAAUUAGAAAUUAUAUUGGUGGUUGUGCACCCCCAGGUUCUGGAGUUAGGUGAAACGGGAAAUCGUAUGGAAGGGAUUGAUGAAGUUCAGGAUUGAGGGAUGCAUGUGAUAGUGCAGCUCAACAACGUGGGUAGCACCCAAAUAUUUAAGUAACAUUACAAAUCUAUGAAGGGUUUUUUUGGCAGCUACGAACCAAAAGGUGAAUAUCUAGACAAUUGCAUCCUUUUUUUCCCUUCUUAAUGCUUCAUGUGACUUGUUAACUGUUAUUUACAUGUAAUUUCUUUGGAGUAAAGUGACUUAAAGCACCGACCAGGGAAUGGUUUAUGGUGUUAGUAAUUAACUAUGUAUCUAGCUUUCCUAUGAACUUUCUCCGAUGACAAUCUACCGCUGUAAUAUCUGGAAAAGUAACGUGGAGCUCUCAUCUUAAAUUGCAUAAGCACAAAUCCGGAUGUUGGCCACAAAUAAAGCACAAAUCCAGGCAUGACUACUAGCACUCCUUUGGUCCUUUGCUCUUAUGCUGCAGCAAUGAAACAAUAUUUUCCUCUGGCCUUAGUGAGCAUGCUUUGGUAGUCUCACAAGUGGAAGGCUCUUAUUGGACUCGACCUCCCUUCAUGUCUCAGGAACAAUUGGAAAAUGGAAUUUUACUGCAUAAAUUGCUCUAACUCUUCUAGGAGUUUUAUCAUCUGUGGAAACCUGCUUCAGAGGUCCAGCGUGACCGUCAUACUAAAGUUCCUAGGGCUAGGUUCUUGUGAUCUGGAUAUAAUAUCCCAAGGACGAGUUUCAUUUUGUGGACGAGUCUUAACAAAUUGAUCACGUUUAAAAGGCUAUCAUCCACCUCAAAUCUCCUAAUUUGUGUUUGCCUUGCCAUGGAUGUCCUGAAUCCAUUGAUCGCUUAUUCAUUGAAUACCCUUAUUCUGAUGCUCAAGUGUGGUGUAGGAACUCCACUAUGUAAUGGUCUCUCAGCUUUAUUUCUUCAUCUGCUUCUUCUUGGAAGGACAAGUGCCUUAGUUUCACAAUCUUGAAACUCUUAUUGGCUUCCCUCUGUUUCUUGUAUUUGGAAGGAGAGAAACAACAAAGUUUUUAUGGAAAGAUUAGCAAUUCAUGUACAAAUAUAAAUGCUCCCUCCACAACUGUUUGAGCAUGAGAUUGUUGGGUCUCAAUCUUCGUAUUUCUUUCUUUAAUUUAUUUUUUUCUUUUUUCGGCCC